AAUUUUAUCAACCUAACCUAAAAUUUUUUUAUGAAAUCACAUUUCUUUCCCUGAAUUUAUGAGCGUAAAGGAUAUAUCAACAGUUUUUUAAAAGAAACGAAAUGGAAAACUUAUCAGCAUUAACGGGAGCUCAGAAGGACGAGUUGAUGGAUCAAGUUAAACAGCAAAUAGCUGUGGCGAAUGCUCAAGAGCUUCUUACUAAAAUGACUGAAAAAUGUUUCAAAAAAUGCAUUUCAAAACCGGGAACAUCUCUGGAUAGUUCAGAACAAAAAUGUGUUGCGAUGUGCAUGGAUAGGUAUAUGGAUUCGUGGAAUUUAGUAUCAAAAGCAUAUAGUCUGAGAAUACAAAGAGAAAGGAAUCACAUGUAAAUUAUUGUAAAUAAAGUAGAAAACUGUAAUCGUUUAUACUGCAGGCUAUUUGUGUAGUUCUAAUAAAU